UGUGUUUAUUCCUUUGCAAAAGCCAUUCUCCAUUCAUACAUAUUAGCAGAACUUAAUACCCUUCACAGUUUUGCUUGUUUGCUUACCUGUGAACUCACCAGCAAUGGAGGAUUUAGUUAGUAGCUCAUCUCUUAGGAGUGUCCUUAGCUCUAGCGAAGGGCCUGCUCAAUCAGGAGAGAGUUCUUGGACCGAUUACUUUGUGGAUUUCAUGCUAUCGGAGGAGGAGAAGAAGAGACAGGAUGCUUCAUAUUGCGCUACCGAAGGCGAAGACGAUGGCGAUGGAAGUCGUAGCCAUGAGGAGGAAGAGGAUGAUUCUACGAUUUCCGAUGCCGCCUCUCGCGCCCCUACUGCGGUGCUAUUGCCUAGCAAGUACAAGGAGUUGAAGAAGCUCAAGAAGAAGGCUUUCAAGGUCCUGGAUCAUGAUGAUUCCCUGGAAGAUACAGCAAGCUCUCCUGUAAACAGCCCAAAGGUCAAUGUUGUGUCACAGCUGGGAUUGAGCCCUAAAAUGAGGUGUAGCAUCAGGGACCUCACCAAGGAAGAUGGAAUUGGCGAUGAUCACGGAAGAGAGGGGAUGGAUUGUACAGAUGCAGCCAUGGAAGGAGUGAGAUUUGUUGAUCAGAGUCAGAGGAGUAUAGUUCCAUGUGCAGAGCUGAAGGAAAAGGGGAUUCGUUUGUUUCCAUUGUCCAUGCUGCUGCACUACCAUGGCCGAAAUUGAGACCUCAAUGUAUGAACAUCCUGUGUAGUGUUCAUACUUUACACUCUAUGCAUGUGUGGGAUAAAUUCCCCAAAAAACAUAUAUAGUGUGCGCGUAUUGUGGAUAUGCUUUUCUCUAAUGAUACAUAUGUGUUACUACUGCUCAUA